AUGUCUGGCCUCCAACAAGCAACCAGACGGCUUCUACGCCAGUCUAUGACCAACAAAUUCGGAGCACAAUUCACACCAUUCGGCUCAGUCGCACAACUUCACCAACAAGGGCCUUCACGCUCAGCCGUAGUCCACGAGCAAGCACUCCCGCAAUCCCAAACACCAUCUGUCGAAGCACCAUCAUUCCUCUCUCGAACCCAACAACAACAGCCCUCACCAAAAGAAAAGUCCCGCAACCUCGACAAGAUAAUCUCACAAAUCCCCCCUCAAUCUCGCCCCCACCUCGCCAUCCCACCCGCUAUCAGACAGCACCAUUUCGUCGGCGGCUCUCUAACCGGACAGGGCAAACUCGCCCUGGCACCGUACAUGUGGACAUCAUCCCAAAAGAGCAAGAGCGAAUCCACCAGCAACGGAAACAGCAAAACCAGCAGCGUUGUGUCAGUCUUCCACAUCGGCCGUGAUCUCUGCGGUCAUCCGGGCUUCGUCCACGGCGGUCUUUUAUCUGUACUUUUCGACGAGGUCUUUGCGCGAUGUGUCUCCGCUGCAUUUCCCAGUGGUCUCGGUAUGACGGCUAAUCUUAAUGUGGAUUUUCGGAAACCUGCGCUGCCGGAUCGUUUGUAUGUUUUGCAGGUGGAGACUACUAAGGUUGAGGGUCGAAAGGCUUGGGUGCAGGGUCGUAUGACUUAUCUUCCUGUGCAUCUACCUGUUCCGUGUGAUUCGGUGGAACCUAUUGUUUCUGACUCGGCCCUCCUCAGAGAAGAUGCUGAGGGGUCGGUUAUGGUUGCCGAGGCGAAGGCGUUGUUCAUUGAGCCCAAGUUUGCUGAUUCCAUGGUCUCGGUUUAUCGCACAUGA